AUGGCCGACGUCUGCAACACCGACCUGGAUUGCGCGCUUUACGCCGUCAGACUUCAUGAUCGGCUCGCCAACGAGAAGUCCCCUGCUGCUCUUCGUCACCGGGAGUGGCGCCGAGAACGUCUGAACCGCAUCUAUAGAGACUUCCUCCAAAACGUUUCCGCUCUACGUUAUGAAGUGGACCUGAGAGAUAAUUCGCAGUCUGCGGCGAACAGUUUCGCCUACAUCGAACGUGUUCUUGCGCCGAACAUUGUUCAUCAGCGUCUACCAGUUCCGCAUGAACUUGUCGACGACGAUAAAGAAAAUAAUCGCGAGGACCAUCUUACCGUUGUUUUCUCUCCCAACCAAUUCGCCCUCAAACAGCAAAUUAAAGAUCGGUUGGAAGAGCGAGGGCUCGUCGUGAUAGAUGAUAAACGCCGGGAAGCGCUACUCAUAGAGCUAUCUAUUCCUGACCACAUAGAUCCAGAGGAGGAUUUCUAG